AAUUGCCACAACUAAUCAGAUAAACUUUCGAAAAUGAAUAACAUCUAAAUUUAAAAAUUUAGAUUUAAAAAAUAAAAAAUAAAUGAAACAGCGGUGUGAACUUACCCCGAGUUCCCCUUCUUGUCCAAUGGCCCUGACGCACACACACACGCACACGCACACCUAUAUAUUCCCAGGUGGUGUACCGAAACCAUCACAUCUUCAGUAGCUGUUACAGUUCUUAUUCAAAAUAUCAAAUUCAAUCAAAUUGAAAUGUCGAAGUACAUAAUUCUUCUUUUCGUUGUGAUUUUCGCCGCUUUCGCUAUCGCUGGCGAUAGUGACGACGGCGACGAUGACCUCUCAUCAGUUCCAUUUGCCAGUUCGGAUAGCAGCAAUUCAGAUUCCGAUUUUAGUCAAGAUAUCGAAAAUGAUGAAAAUUCUGUCAAGAAUCUGAAACCUGGGCCUAACGAAAAAGUGCAAGCUACUUUCACAGAAGAAAAACAGCAUGUAAAGGAGGUGAAUGGCAAAGUAAUUGACCAGGGAGAGUCCCGGAAAGAUAUUAAAAAUGACAACGGUAAUGUGACUGAAUACACCUCCAAACAAUAAAACUCGGCUGAUGACUGUAAUCAAAAAGACCACUGAUAAAUCAACUGUUGCACUGAAAAUGUGUAAGUUAUGAAAUAAAUUAGUCGGCAUAUGAAA